CGGAAUCUGAAAAGCGCGACAGAUAAACGUCGGGCAUGAAACUGUCUGCGUUCAAUUGGCCUUAUGGUCAAAUUUUAUUUUAUAAACCAAUUGACAGUCUUUUAUCGGUGAGAGCGGAUUAUUCAAAAUACAUUCAGACAGGAAUGUCAGGUUUAGAUCAGUCGGACGGCUCUUCUUCACCACCAGACGAUUCAAAUCAAACUGACGACGUUUGCCGGGAUUUUCUACGGAAUGUUUGUCGGCGAGGUGCAAAAUGUAAAUUCAGACAUCCAGAAGGACUAGAUGCUAUAGUUGAACUCGGUAAGCGAGUUAGUCAGGAUAUACAAUUCUGUCAUGACUUCCAAAAUACGGGUAGUUGCAAAAGAACGCCCUGCAGAUUUCUCCACUGUAGUCGGGAAGAAGAAGAAACUUUUCGACAAACUGGAAAAUUACCCGCCCAUGCCGCUUCUUCGGCGGCUAUACCGCCCGUUACACCCGGAGGAGCUCCCCCAGUUUGCAAAGACUAUUUAAAAGGAGAAUGCCACAGGGGGGCAAGAUGUAAAUUUAGACAUUUAGCUCCUGCUGAAUAUGAGGCCGAACUAACUAGCGGCAAACAAAUCAAUCAAAGCGUUCAACCGUUAACAGCUUCGACAGUACCGAAUCAAUUUGUUUCAACAGGUUUGUUGGGCCAACCUGAAGAUGAUUUCAGUAUUGCUAUAAAAAGGAGAAGAAUUGAAACAACAGUUGAUUUUCGACCAUGCUUAGAGGAAGAAAAUCUCAUACUCCGAAGUAAAAUAGCAGAACUUAAGAAGCAGGUAUCCGAUUUAGCCGCUGCUAAUGAAGUUUUGUUAGAUCAAAAUGCAAGGUAUAGGAAUGCUGGACUCAUUUCCUGCAAAACUCGUACCCUCCAACCGCCAGUUGUUAGCGUUAGUCACGUUUUAACACCAACAGUGACGCCUGCACCUUCAAUAUUACAAGCCCCAGCAGCCCAACCUCCCUUGCUAGCCGCCGGCCCACCUAUUUUAAGCGCCAAGAGUGACUUGGUAGUACCAGCAGGCGCAAGACCAACUCUUAGCCAGGCUCCGCCCAUCUUUCAGCACCUGGAUACGGGACCCACAGCUAUUGCCGCCCCACCUCCAACAGCUCAACCUCUGAGUCUCAGUACGUCCUUAAAUUCAACACUAGUAUCCUAUCCAAUAAUGUCUAAAACUGUGGGAUAACAAUACUCUUUCAUAAAUUCUCUAAAGGACUUUCUAUGUAUAUGUAUAUAUAUAUUCAUAAAUAUAUAUAUAUAUUUACGUAUACCAUAAAAUAAUAUGCUAUAUUUUCAAUGUACAUGCUGUGUGUAUAUACAGUAUAUAUGCAUUUAUAUUUAAAUCUUAUGUAUCUUUCUAAAAGCU